UCGCUCCAUUGAUUACAAAACAAAGAACAUUUAGCCGUCAAAGUUUCGAAUUAAGACAGAUACGUGUCGUGUCAUCUUUGUUUCACAUUCUUUCCUUGAUCAGCUCAUUUACCCAUAUUGCCCUAUUCUCACAGUUUAAAUUAUUUUCAUGAAAGAAUAUUAUUCCUGUUUUAUCACAUCGUUUGAUCACUGUUUCUUUGUGAAAUAAGGAAAUGUUUGAGAAUUUUCUUUGGUAUUAUAUUAAUUUUAUUAUUGCUCGGACUCUUUUAAUUGAAAAGUCUUUGACGGCUUAUUUUCGUUCAAGAAGAAAAAUCUCAGUCAAUAAAUAAUAACAUAGAAGCUUUACUCGAUUAGAUAGAAAUGAAUUUGAAGCGCAGUGUUCUGGUUAAAGUGACAAAGAUGACGAUUAAGAAGGAAACCACUGCAGGCAGGCAAGUUAUUAAUCAUGGUGAGCUUGUGAAAUCAGUACAGAUAGGAAAAGAUUUAGUCUCAAUCCAAGUAUUUGCAGACUCAGACCUUCCUUUGCUAAGAGCCUGGAUACCAAAAGAUCGCAGGAAAAUUGGCAGGGACUUCGCUAUUGUGAAAAGGGGUAACCUUGGCAGUCCAAUUUCACAAACAAGUUCGACGCGAAAGGUUCUAAAGAAGAUAGCCAAACGUUGUGCAGCCAUGGCUGCCUUUAUAGGAAGAGACAUAGAGGUGGCUCUCUGGAGUCGUAUAUCAUAUGCCAGCUAUAGUGCUCUUCUGGCUGUCCACAAGGGAAAUAUCUUCUUGGACAUACUUUUGGAUCACCACUUAGAAGAUUUCAGGUUAAAUUUGAGACCUGAGUUAUAUCUCAAUAAAAACAGUGUUAGAUUGAGACCUGCUGAAGAACCAGAGUCUGAAGAAACUGAAUCUCCUGCAUUUCGGGCAGCCUCAGAUGUAUCAAGAGAUGAUAUCGAAGGCCUCAAAGAUAGCUAUUCUAGUCCUAAUCAUAACCGCACGGCUAUUCUCUUGAAUUCAAUAUCUGUAAUCCGAAGACAACUGCCAGAACAAAGUCUCGGCUGGCCUUUGCUUCGAAGAAAAUCUGCUCCAAAUCAAGAGUUUAAGAAUCCUGAAGCUAGAGAUAUGUCCGUUGAACAUAAUGUAGAAGUUUCAGUUUCUUUGAAUACAGAAGAUUUAGAAUCAUAUUCGAAACCAGGUUGGCCUCUUCUCCGAAUUACUGCUUCCACUGCUUCAGAUUCUCUUUCAGAAUAUGAAGCUACAAAAAUGCCAAUGGUUGGGAGUGUAGCGAACGCACCUAUUCAAUCAACAGUCGAACUUCCACCUUCCAAAAUUGCAUUAGUAUGCACCAAAGUGGAAAACCCUGUCCAAAUAGAAAAUUAUUUGCCAGCACUAAGAAAGAUGCCGAACGACUUGGAGCUUCGUUGCAAGCAGUUUAGUCUUAGGGAGCUUAAGCAAGCAACUUCUGGAUUCUGUCCAGAAAACUUGAUUGGAGAGGGAGGAUCCAGCAAUGUGUACAAAGGGUGUCUUCCCGGUGGCAAGCCAGUGGCUGUUAAAAUUCUAAAAUCAUACAAAGAAGCUUGGAGUGACUUCUCCUUGGAAGUUGAUAUUGUUUCUUCAUUGAAACACAAGCAUAUCACGCCUCUAAUUGGAGUUUGUGUUGAAGAUGACCAUCUCAUCUCAGUCUAUGACUUCUUUCACAGAGGGAGUUUAGAGGAAAUUCUCCAUGGUCAAAACAAGAAAUCUGUGUUGCCGUGGGUGGUCAGGUUUAAAGUUGCCACGGCAAUUGCCGAGGCUUUAACUUACCUGCAUAAUGAAUGCUCUCCAUCCGUUAUCCACAGAGAUGUAAAAUCUUCUAACAUUCUUCUCUCUGAUGGUUUUCAGCCACAGUUAUCUGAUUUUGGGCUUGCCAUCCGAGGACCAAUGGAUUCAACUUACAUGAUUGAGAGCAAUGUCGUAGGAACUUUUGGGUAUAUAGCUCCUGAGUACUUCAUGGAAGGAAGGGUCAGCGACAAGACUGAUGUAUAUUCCUUUGGCGUUGUGCUUCUAGAAUUGGUAUCAGGAAGGAGGCCAAUUAGCUCAAAGGCUCUGCAAGGACAAGAGAGCUUUAUCGAAUGGGCUAGGGCACUAUUAGAAAGAAGGAAUCUCGAAGGAUUAGUGGAUCCAUUAUUAGAUGGAGAUUUUGACGUUGCUCAAAUGCAUAGAAUGGUUCUCGCUGCCUCCCUCUGCCUCAAUCAGUUGGACAGAUACCGGCCAAAAGUGAGCCAGGCACUAGAAGUAUUGCGGGGAGAUAAGGAACCAAGAGAGUGGUGUAAUUUCCAUGCUACUGAUUUGAAAGCGCCGAACGACCAGGAAGUUGAUGACCUCUCUCCAGAAUUUGUUCACAAACUAUAUACAUAUCUUUCAGUACCAUUUAAAGACGAUCGUUCAACAUCAAUGUGUAGCAAUUAUACCACAUCAAGAUGUAGAGCUGGAAAAGAGCAUCGUUUAAAGCUGAAGGAUUACCUUAAGAAAGUGCAGGGCUGAUCAUAAUAACUUUCAUAGUUCCACAGCAUUUCCGUCGCUUGUUCAUUGAGUUUAAGCUUAUUAAGCGAACUCGAAAAUAUAUAUCAACUUGAUUUCUUGAUGUAAAUGGCAGUUAUGAUAUUAGUAUUUUUUUUAUGAAAUUUUGCCAUGCUAUUCUACAAUGAAAUGGAACAUAUACAAUUCAAAUGUC